GUGUUUACGGGGCCAACUUCAACCAAGUUGAGGUGUCUAGAUGUUCCUUCUUAGAAUUGGAGUGUUUACUUGUCGGUUGAGACCAAAUAAGGUGUCUAUCUAUGUAGGUGUUAUGGCUACCUUUUUUUUUUGGCUAAGAUAUGAUAAUUACUUGAUACUAGCUGAAUAUUACAGUUGUUGAGACUUUUUAAACAUAUAUAUGGCUGACUCAAAGUCUUCUAAGUCAAUAAGAGGAAAGACAAUUUGACAUAUUUAAAUUACAACUUGCAAUUUAGUUAGGUUCUAUGAAUCUUCACUAAAAAUCAACGUUGUCAAAUAUGACCAUCUAUUGUUGAUUACUGUGAUAUAAUUUGUACUACUAUAAGAAUGGCAAUCUAGCCAAGUUCUAGGAUACUUCACUAAAUUAACAAUUAUUAGUAUUUAGUAGUGAUACUUGUACUAGUUGUCAAAUUUAUCUAUCAUUUUGAGUGCUAACUUUCUGCAAAUCUCUUCAUUCACAAUUCUUGUAUGGAUCUCUGAAGGUACUUAGCAAGAGAGAUGGCUGCUUAUGCUGCUGUAACAUCUCUGAUGGGAACUAUACACCUUAUUUCACAAUCCAACUUACACCUCAAAAAGGGUCAUAAAGAACAUUUGAAAUUGCUAUACGAGAAGGUUGGCUCUCUACUAGAGUAUCUUGACAAUUCUGAUGAUGAACCGAUGAAGGAUUUGCAAAAAAAGUUCAAAGAUCUGGCACAUGAAGCAGAAGACAAAAUUGAAUCACAAGUAAGACUGAUCGUGGAGAAGGACGAACAGAUCCCUGCAAUGGCCCAUUGGAGGCUUCUUAAGAUCUUACGACGAGCUAUACAUGACAUUGGUUUGGUCAAGGAAAAGCUCGUCAAGCAGAGGAAGAAUAACAAUUUGCAUGCUGGAAAUCGUUCACUUGGCAUUUCUAUUUCAGCGCGGUCGUAUGUUUCAACCCUUGAGAACGACAUGGUGGGGUACAACAUUGAACAAGAACACAUGCAGGGUCAACUUACCGGACACUCAUCCGAAUUGGAAGUCAUUUCUAUUGCUGGGAUGGGCGGCAUAGGUAAGUCAACUUUUGCCAAAAGAAUGUUUUUUGAUCCCUCAAUUCUAAGCUUCUUUGAUGUUCGUGGAUGGAUUACUGUGUCUAAGGACUAUAGUUUAAGAAAGAUGCUUCUAUGCCUCCUUCAAGAUACUAUUGGGGUGAAAGAAAAGCUUGAUAACUUAAGCGAUAUUGGAGAAUUAGCGGAUCGUGUGCAAAAAAGUUUAAAGGGCAGAAGGUAUUUAAUUGUUGUGGAUGACAUAUGGAGCAUAGAAGCUUGGGAUGAGAUUAGAAUGUGUUUUCCGGAAAAUAGUAACAGAAGUCGGAUAUUGUUGACUACUCGAGACAUGAAGGUUGCUCAAUAUGCUAGCUUCCCUAAGGAUCCUUUUCCAAUGCGUUUCCUGGAGCCAGAGGAAAGUUGGAAUUUAUUUUGCCAAAAGGCGUUUGGCAAAAUAGAUUGUCCAACUAAAUUUGAGAAUAUUGCAAAGGUAGUUGUAGAAAAUUGCAAAGGAUUACCACUUAUGAUUUCUGUGGUUGCAGGGACACUAUCUAGCAAAAGGACACUGAGUCACUGGACAACAGUAGCUCAAAGUGUGAGCUCAUUAGUAAACCUCGAUGAUUAUCAGCGUUGCUCAGGGCUUCUCGCUUUGAGCUACAGUCAGCUUCCGUCACAUUUAAAAGCUUGCUUUUUGUAUUUUGGAGUUUUCCCAAAAGCUAGUGAGAUUUCUGUGAAAAAGUUGAUUAGACUAUGGGUUGCAGAAGGACUCUUAGAACCAACGGGGCAUGAGGGAUUAGAAAAAGUGUCUGUUAAUCUUUUACAUGAUCUUAUUGAUAAAAGUCUAGUUGUUGUUAGUAAGCAAAGUUUGGAGGGAAAAAUCAAGACAUGUAGGAUUCAUGAUCUUCUCCAUGAUUUGUGCUUGAAAGAAGCUGAAAGCGACAACCUUUUGUAUGUUGUAGAUCCCCCAAUUUCUAGAACAUCCAUAAGGGUUUGUCCUCAAGGUCGUCGGUGGGUGUCAGUUCAUUCGAUACCAUGCUAUUUUUUUUCCGUAAUUUCUUUUGAUGAUCAUUCAAAGCGAAGUUGUUUUCCUUCUAGUCUUUUUCAUGAUCUUACUUAUAGCAAAACACGUUCUCUUCAUUUUUUUUCCAGCGUAAUGGAGAGACAUCUUGAAUUAGGACUAGACCAUUUCAAACUUCUUAGAGUAUUGGACUUGGACACACUGAGCUUCGGUUAUUUCCCUAGUGAAAUAUUACAGUUAGUUUCUUUAAGGUAUUUGGCUGUGAUCGUUUCAAGGAUUUCUACAGAUCUACCAAUUUCCAAUCUUUGGAAUUUACAAACUAUCAUUGUUCCUCAAGAUGAUCUAGAACGCAGUGGGACCAUGUAUUUACCAAAUGGAAUUUGGGAAAUGUCUCAAUUGAGGCACCUCCACUCUACAAGGAUGUAUUUGUAUUCUCCUUCAGAGGUAUCAGCUAAUGAAGUUAAGUACCGGGUUCUGGAAAAUUUGCAAAGUAUUUCAGGGUUGAGCCCUCGUUGUUGCACAAAAGAAAUAUUUGAAGGGAUUAAAAAGGUGAAAAAACUGGGGAUUUCUGGCACUGAAGAUGAAUUUGAUAGUGAGGUGAGAUGCCUAAAUAAUCUAAUAUAUUUACAUGUACUUGAGGCACUAAGUAUUGCAUCAUACAGCCGUCAACCAGAUGAUUUGUUUCUUAGGCUUCCAUGCUCGGGUUCUUUCCCACCAAAUCUCAAGAAGUUGACACUUUGUCGCACUUUUCUAUCAUGGGAGGACAUGAAGAUCAUUAGCAUGUUGCCCAAACUCGAGGUGCUCAAGUUGAAGAGGGAUGCCUUUGCAAGUGGUACGGAUAUAAGACCAGAUGUUUGGGAAGUAACAGAGAUGGGAUUUCCUGAAUUGAAAUUCUUGCUCGUUCAGGAGUUGCGUCUUGAUUAUUGGAGAGCCACUGAUGAUUAUUUCCCAUCCCUUGAGUGCAUAAUUGUCAGAAAUUGCCGAUUUUUAAUAGAGAUUCCUCAAGGAUUUGCAGAUAGUAUGACACUGCAGCUAAUUGAGUUAUAUCAAUGUUCUCCGUCCCUUGUGAGUUCUGCUGAGCAGAUCCAAAAAGAGCAAUUAGAGAGUUUUGGAGACAACAUGCUUAAAGUUUAUGCCUUUGACACAAUUAGAGAGUGAGAUUCUGAUGAAGAUUUUUGGAGAAGCAAGAGAGGAAGAAACAGAAAAGGAUUGAGCAAAUGCGUUUAUAUUUAAAAGAGAUCGCCAAGGAAUCUGAAAAGCUCAUUCAGUUAAACUAAGUGUUGUCUCUCCUGUCUAAAUUUUUUUCAGCAAAUCCAACAAGAAAAAGGGAUGACAACAACACUUGUAUAACUUGUGCUUGUUUUUUGCUCUGUAUUUUUUCUUGUUCCCUUACUAUGUAUUUCCUUUUUGUACUGUUUUUGUUAGAUAGUUUGUAA